UGGCGUUAGAAAUACCCUUUUUGGUGAUUUUAGCUGUUAUGAUAACUCAAUCUUUUGCCGCUCAUAGAACAUAUUACAUGGAUGAGCAUUGCGAACGAAAACUCAUUCUGACAAAAAAAAACUCGUAUGGAAUACUGAAACUAACUAAGUGGUGGAGGUUCGGUCCUCAUAUACAAUGUGUGAUGAGUUUCAGAGCUCCGUCCUAUCACAGGAUGCUGGUCCGAAUUAAUAAAAUGGAUUUAAUGAGAGACGGCUACAGCUGCACUGACUGGGUGCAGAUUUAUGAUGGGAAUUCGAUUGAUCAUAAAGAAUUAUCAAAAAGCCUAUGUGGAAAGCAAGCACCUGAUGUAUCUUUUGCAUCCACUGGAGGAGAAGUUACUAUUCAGUUUGUCAGCAACUCUGGUCAGGACCCAGAGGAAUUUGAAAUGAUUUUUAAUUCCUUUUACAUGGCGCCGUGUGUAGAUGACGACUACGAAUGCGACAACGGCCGCUGCAUCGCUCGACUACUACAGUGCACACAGUAUGACCACUGCGGUGACAAUUCCAGCAACUGUCAACUUCUGCUGUGGAUCUUCCUCGGCAUCUUCUUGACCGUGAUAGUCUUUGCUGGGAUCGGUGGGGGAAUCUACUUUUUUAUGCAAAAGAGAAAACGGAAGCAAGCAAUGGAACAGCUUGCCAAUCCGCCGCCAGCUCCUACUGGAUACCCUAAGCAAGCUCGUAUCGAAUACCAUCAACAAGCUCCUACAGGAUACCCUCCUCAGCCACCUGUUCCAGGAUAUCCUCAUCAGCCACCUGUUCCAGGAUAUCCUCCUCAGCCACCUGUUCCAGGAUAUCCUCAACAAGCAUCACACGGAUUCCCUGGUAUGCCAUUUUAGUAUGUCAUAAACUAGUCAGAUUUGUCUUGUUUAGGAUCUGGCUUUUACAAAGUUAAAAAGGUGAGGUAUAUCGGUAGUUAUUGAUUUUCUGGUAGCAAUGGUGUCAACCUUUUUAUUUAACUCACUAUUACGUUUUGAAUUUAGCUCAAUUUCUCACAACCUGUAAGUCCUAUGUUAGUGAGAUGUGGUGGUUUAUAGAUCAAGCCCAUUCAUAGCAAGUAAACAGGUACGAGCAGGACAUAAUAUUUCACAAGAACCGUUUAUUUUGUUCGCAUGUCGGUUUCGCAACUUUAAAAUCACGGGUGUUGAACAAUUACAUUCUAAAAUUAAAAGUACCAUAUAUCAGUAAUGAAAGUGAAAAUCAGUUUAUGUUUUUGAACCACCAAUGUAGCACACGCAGAACCAUAGUUCAAAUGUUUUAGGAUUAGGUAGGCCUAACUCGUCGAUUUCGAGAACCAUAUUCACGUAACCGAACAAUCGGUUAUGGUAGUAAAACUCGCAAGAACUUACUUUCGGUUGCUUAAGAUUUUGAAAUAUUGUCCCUUGUACGAGUAACGUGCAUAAAGAGAAGAUCAUACAGGUUACAAUAAGUUAACUUAUGCCACAGCGUUACUAGGAAGAAACUUCUGUGUCGAUAUUGCUAUGGUUGUAUGGUCUGCAGGUAUUCAUUUAGGGGAACCGAUUACAGUACAAAUAUCAUUUUAAUAAAGAUUUCAACAGUAAUUAAGUAUUCAUUACAUUCAUUACAAUUUAAAGUCAUCCCAUUGCAGGGUUUCUACCCGAAAUACAUUUUUCGGUAGGCACUAUGAAAUUGAAUAUUUACAACGUAUACUGAAUGGAACUGCAGACGACCAGGGUUAAGGUUAGGGUUAAGGCUAAGAAAGGCUUUCAGUAAUGUAAGAGUAAUUAAUUUUGUCAAAAAGUAAAAAAAAUCAAAAAAAUCUUCUAAAAACUUUGGGAAUGGCGCCGUGCCUGUUUUACCCUCUGGCAGAAAACCUGCAUUGUGAAAAAAUAUGUUGUCAGGGAACCAAGAUGACGUCACUUUAUAUUGAUACUUUGUAUUAUUAAGCAUUAUUGUUCUAAAACCAAAACAUAAUUCAAAAUAAAAGUCGCAGGGCUUUUAAUUAGAUCUAACUAAUUUGGGCACUGCUUGUACAAUACCAAUAAAAAUGUUAGCAUGUGGUUAAAAACACUAUACCAAUUGUAUAACUACCUAACUAUAACCCAUACAUAUCAGUACUACAACCCCGACCACAAAGUAUUAACUAAAAAAGUGAAACCUUUCAUGACUCAUUUUCAAUAUAACCAGUUUACAACAACCCUAGUUUCAUACAGAAUUGCAGUACUUAGUUUUACAGGUGACCGCAUACAUGUUUCAAGCACAAGAAUAUUUGAUAAAGUAGUACUAGAUGAAAUAAAAAUGCAUACAUUUAUUGCCAAGAUGAAACUGUAUGUUUUGACAACAAACAUUGUCACAUUUAUCACCAAAUGCCAGGAUUUGUGGUAUUAACUGCUCUAUCAAAAGUUUGGUUCACCUCGAACUUUGACCCGGCCGGAUGUUAUUGGGUUUAGUACUACCUUCUAAGCACACUAAGGUCUUUUUAGUGUAGUUGCAUAUAAUGUUAAUAAUAGCUGGUAAAAAGUUGUAAAUAUUCAGAAAUGCAUUUCAAAUUAUUUGUAUCUACAUGUAAUUACACAUUAACAUAUUCCAUUGGUUUUGUGGUGAAAUGUUUUGAGUUUAUUAUGUCUGUACUUAACUUGGGCUUGCGUAUUUUGGGCACACCCUUUAUCAUCUCAGCUUUGGUGCAGUCUAAAUCCCCGAAGACAGGGGGUGUCAGAGGGGUCAGCUGCCCAUCUUUGAAAAGUAAAAUGUCUAUCAAAGUGGAAAUUUAAACAUAACAGAAAGUGUGUGUAAAUUGUUAAUGUCUAGUGUUGCAUACUUUGACAGUUACUGGAUUUCAAAAUGAGGGACAUUUUUCAUAAAUUACCUGGUUUCUAUGAUUUUCUCUUCUACUUUUUUUUUGUUCUUUUUUGUUCUUUUUUUAUGUCUUUGAAUUAUGCACUAUUUAGUCACAUUUAAUUUUUUUUAUUUUAAUAAGAUUUUUACUCAAAGGGGUGUGAUCAGUCUUUCUUCUUUUUUUUAUUAUUUAUAUAUAUAGAGAGAGAGAGAGGUUAUUACCAGAGUGUUUUUCGGUAUCGUCAAUAUCAUAUAUUAGGAAUAAAAAUUGUAUUA